CAGUUUCCGACGGGCUUAUCUCCGUUUGUCUUCUACCUUUAUAUCGAGGUCGUUUGAUGUGAAGUCCAGGUUACGCUCACUCUCUUCCUGCAGCACUUUGCACCAACUACACUUUUACGAUGUCUCUUCCGACAGCACAACUGGGUCGCAAUGGUCCCCAAGUCAAUCGAUUGGGCCUAGGACUCAUGGGUUUAUCGUCGUUUUAUGGGGCUUCAAAGCCCGACGAAGAACGCCUCGAGGUCCUCACACAAGCGCACGCGCUCGGCGAGCGCUUCUGGGACUCUUCCGAUCUGUAUGGCGAUAACGAGGUCCUCCUGGGAAAGUGGUUCGCUGCCAACAAGGACAAGCGUGGCGACAUCUUCCUCGCUACAAAGUUCGCCGUUGAUCAAAAGACAUACCAAGUCGACAGUUCUCCCGAAUACGCGAAGAAGUGCUGCAUUGCUAGUCUCGAACGUCUCGGCAUAUCUCAGAUAGACCUGUACUACUGCCACCGUGUCGAUGGUAAAACACCAAUCGAGAAGACUGUUGAAGCCAUGGUUGAACUGAAAGAGGAAGGAAAGAUUAAGUACCUUGGUCUCUCAGAGAUAUCGUCCGCCACGCUGCGUCGCGCACAUGCUGUUCACCCUAUUAGUGCUGUGCAAGUCGAGUACUCGCCUUUCGCUCUUGAGAUCGAAAGCAAGCAGAUUGACCUCCUCGCAACAUGCCGAGAGCUCGGCGUCGCGGUUGUUGCCUACUCGCCCCUUUGCCGUGGUAUCCUCGGUGGUGCUCUGAAAUCUCCCGCUGAUUUCGCACAAGACGACUUCCGCCGCUUUAUGCCACGCUUCAGCGCUGAGAAUUUCCCCAAGAACUUGAAAUUGGUCGACCAAAUCACCGAAGUGGCGAAGAGCAAGGGCAUCGAGGCCAGCCAAUUGACUUUGGCUUGGUUGCUGGCGCAAGGCGAUGACAUCUUUCCGAUUCCUGGUACCACCAAUAUCAACAGACUCAAGGAUAACCUGGGCGCACUGAAUGUCAAACUGAGCAAGGAAGAAGAUCAGCAAAUCAGAAAGGCUUGCGAAGAAGCGGAUGUCAGCGGCGAGCGCUAUAUGCCUGAGAUGAUGAGCCAGUGUUAUGCGGAUACUCCAGCCCUGGAGUAGUAGUAGCAGGAGGAUCAGGUCCCGAACUACCCGAUCUUACAUGGCAAAGACAAGGAGGUGCAAUGUAUCUUUGUGGUCUUUGCAGAAACGAUGAAGUUUCCUUAGCAAUCAGAAUCGACGUAUACAGAGUCCAGUAGAUGCAGAGUUGAAUGGUGGGAUCAGGACGCCAUACCAAUAAACCUCUACAAAUACUUCAUGUAUAUCAUCAACUCAUUAGCUGUCAAUGGUCACAGAGUAACGCUAUAGCAUAGCUGCUCCAUCUACUUGAGUUUUCGGUGUACAUCCGAAG